AAUGAUCAAAGAUAUCGGUCUGUUCAAUUUGGAAUCCAUAGGAAGCACUGAAGUUGAAAUGUUCGACUACUUGACACUUACAAGAAGGAAGGGUCCUCUCCAGGGACUGGAUGAAUGUGGUAUAUUUAGCAUAUUCCUUCCUGGGAGCGAGGUUCCAGAUUGGUUCUGCUACAAGUCGAGCAUGGGUAACUCUGAGCUGUCUAUAACUAUACCUCCACAUCUUAAUUUAAAGAUCCGAGGCCUAAAUGCAUGUGUUGUGUAUGCACAAGGUAAGGUUCUUGUUGAGGAUUUGAAAUGUUACUCGGUCGUUCCCUUUCUUCGCAUCAGUAAUGAGACCAAGGGUUUUAAGUGGACCUAUUUGCCAGUCACAAUAGGGUUUCCAAAAGAGAAGGAAGAUAUGUUAUGGCUUAGUCAUUGGCGAUUCACAAACGAUGAAUUGGAGGGUGGGGAAGAAAUACGUGUUUCAGUUAGAGAUGAAUCCGAUAGUUUCUGGACGAAGGAAUUUGGAAUCCAGCUUGUGUACGAGCAGAAUAAUAAUGAGGGUACUGUAACUGAAGAUAUAACCACAAUGUUCCAGCAUGAAACAACUCCUCCUUCGACCCAGAAUCAUGUCGUUGCUGGAGAUGUGUCAGCGUCAGCAUCAAGGUUUGAGUCGGUUAAGAUGGGUGAAUACGUUAUUUGUAAUCAUAGUCAUAUAGGAGUCGUCUCAUACCUAGACAUAUAGGAUAAGCAUCAAAGUUUGAGUUGGAAAAGCUGCAGAUGUAUGGAAAAGUGCAUUACAAGUGAACCAUGCACCAAUUACUUCAAGACAGGAAGGGGAAUUAUUUGCGAAGAUUCACCUGAGGACCCUGGAAAACGCAGUAGAGUGUGGCAUAAAGAUGCCUCUAAUGUUUUGAGAAAAUUAACUGGAACAGAAACUAUUAAGGGCCUCAUGCUCAACCUUCCUAGCGAGGCAAUAUUUAGUACAAGUAACCAAAACCGGUGCCAUGUUGAAGACUUUGAUGGAAAUUGUUC